GGCGAGCAUUUUUUUUAAAGGGGCUGGAAUAAAGGAGUAAGGAGUCUGCGGACCUGAAACAAAAGCUAGUUUUGGCUGCCCGCGGGAGCGCUUAAACUGCCGCUCAGCGUGGAGCCGAAAGCGCAGCCCGUCGCGCCAGGGAAAGGCGGGUCAAAGCCGCCUUUAGAUCGAAGCGGCCGGACUGAGUGCCAACGGGGAAAAUCUACCUUGCCUGGGCCCUUUCCAACGCUCUCUUUGGCCAGUCCUUCAGAAGUUCGCCACCUUCGCAUCCUAAGUACAAAUGCUACAUAUAUUAUAAUUAAAAGAAUAAUUAUACCAUGGCUACAGGAGACCUGAAAGGAAACUUGCAUAAGAUAGAACAAAAACUUCGAGUUAUAAAUUAUCCUAGUGAUGUGGAUUAUAUGGGGUUGGCAAAGGGUGAUCCAUCUGUAUUUUUACCAAUCAUUAGCUACUGUUUCACAUCAUUCUCAACAUAUAUUGCAGAGCUUGUAAUGGAAUCUGGGCUGGAACUUACAGCAAAGAAUGAUUCACGUUUUGUUGAUGCUAUGUAUAAGCUUCUUCGUGAUCAAUUUCAGUACAAACCAGUCCUGUCAAAACAGCAGUUCCUUCAAUAUGGCUUUGCAGAAAGAAAAAUACAGAUUGUUUGUGAUAUUAUUAGUUACAUUUAUAAAAGGCACAAAGAAUUCAGUAACAUGAAUAAGAUAAAAACCCAAACAGAAAAGAGAACCCAUUUGAUUAAAUCUCUAUCCCACACAAGUUUUUCUAAUCAGUCUGUUACUGUAGCUAACAGUACUAUGGAUUUGCAGCAGAAACCUCAAAUAGAACGUCAUAAAAGUGUGACUAACAAGCAUAUCCCUGAAGAUUUCAUCAGUGAAACACUGCAGGAAGUGAAAGAUUGUGUUGUAAAUAAGGUUGAAGUUUUGGACUGUGACACUGAUGUCUUGGAUAAUAUAGAUGUAAAGGUUGUAAAGCAGGACAAUGAAUUAGAAGACUUGAAAAGUCAACUUGCUGAACUGCAGCAAAAGUUUCAUUCAUUGAGCAGUGUGGAUGAAAAAUUACAGACUUUAGAGAAGAAACUGCAAGGGAAAAUUGUUAUAGAAGAGAAUGAGUGGAAUAAUCUUUUGAGCCGCGUCCUCCUCCUUGAAACACAAUUGUUGCUUCAUUCCAAAACAGCUGAUUUAUCUACAGAAUUAAACAAUGUGAGUGAAGAAGAUUAUUCUAGCAGAAACACAACUCCAUCUUCUUUUGAUAAAGAGAAAGUAGAAUUGCCAGACAGUCCUCAACAGUCAUCUGGAUAUAGUUCAUCUGUAUCAGCAGAUCCAUCUCCCAAAGCCCUGGCUAUUAAUGAUGAUGUUGUGUCAGAGGUUUCAAAGGAAACAGCAAUUCAAAAAAUGGAAAGAAUAAGCAAAAUGGUUGAGGAAACUUCAGAAUUGUUGAAGAUUUCACGUAACACCUCUUCAGAGUAAUCUACUCAACCAGAAAACUGAAACUGAUUAUGUGUGUCCAUGAACUUUUUUAGAACUAUUUGGAUCUUUUUUUGUUCUGUUUCGGAUUGAAAUUAUUUAAAUUCUUUCUUUUUCUAAAUAUAGAUUUUGUGUA